AUGGCGGAUGUACGGGCUGCGGAUGACCUCUAUAGGAAGACCUUGCGCUUCUUGGUCUCUGUGGCUGCGGAACUGGUCUAUCCCAACUACCAACUGCGUGGAGGACAUACCUUGGGUGAUGGCUUUCUCUAUCAGCUGGAGGGUGGUGAAGACUCGGAGGCUGAGGUGGAGGCGAUUCGCAAGAAGCUUACGGAGCUGGUGGACUCGGGCGAAACCAUUUGCCGUGUCACCAAGCCCUGGAAGAAGGCCAUGAGCUACUUCACCGAGAGGCGUCUAGAUGCCGCUUGUGCUUUGCUUACCAGUCGUGUGAAGACCGAGGUGCAGUGUUAUGAGUGCCAGAAUGUUCUCCGAUUGAACCUUUUCCCCUUGCACGAGAAGGCCUCUGCGUUGAAGGCUGGGACCUUCGCUUUGGUUCGUCGACCUGAGAUGCCUGGAUUCGUGGCUGCCUACACCGGCGAAUACAAGCUACAGUCUGCUUUGCUGAUUUCGCAUACGGAUCACAAAGCCUUUUGCAAGGGCUAUAAGGUGCGCUCCAUUGGCGACCUCAAUCAGCUGUCGCAAGUGGGUCGAGGUCGGAAAGACUUCGUUUUGGCCUGUGAGUUUCGGCAGGAGACCAAGAUCGCGGAGAUCGUCGCCAAGGUGAAAGAGAGGAUGGCGGCCGGUCGGCAAGUGAAGGUGAUUUGCAUCGCUGGGCCCACCUCAUCUGGAAAGACCACCUUCGCUACCAAGCUUUGCAUGUACCUGCAGAACAAUGGCUUUGCUGCCAAGCCACUGACGGUCGACCACUACUAUCUUCCCUUGGAUCGACAACCCAAGUACCAGGCGCGGAAGCAACGCAGCGACGUGGAUUACGACCAUAUUGAGUCAAUGGACGUCCAGCUCAUUUGCGAGCACCUCAAUGCUCUGAUUGUGGGAGAGUCGGUGAUGACCCCCGUCUACAACAUGAAGACUGGAUAUCGAGAUGGGGACGGCCACAAGUUUGAUGCGCUGCCGGCCAACGGGAUUCUGGUCAUAGAGGGCAUCCAUGCCCUGAAUCCCAUGUACACAGAGGCGGUGGACGCGAACAAGGUCUUUCGGAUCUUCAUUUCGCCCUUGACAGCCCUGCAGUUGGACGAUAACAACUGCGUGAAGACCACGGAUCAUCGCCUGCUACGGCGUAUGUGCCGUGAUUAUCUCUUCCGGGGGAACUCAGCAGCGACAACUCUGCGCAUGUGGGACAACGUCAGAAAGGGAGAG